AUGGAAGAAUGCAGUGAGGACAGAUGUUGGGAGGACCUAGCACGAGAUGCCGUAGGCCUCAUCUUCUGUAAACUCUGGAGCCAGGUGGUUUCAGGGCCCGACUGCUGGCAGGACAUCGACAUUCAGGAGUGGAGCCAGCAGAGCGAGCCUGACCAGAUCACCAGCAUGGUUCAUAUGCCCCUCGCUCGCAGCGCUGGCUCGUGCGACCGCCUUAGAGUGUCCAGGCUUCCCAACGACUCAGUGUCCGCCUUCAUCGCAGACCAUGCACAAUCUCUCAAGACUGUGGAGAUUCCAAGGAGCGAGAUCAGUGAAUACAUAGUUGAAGAUGUUGCACAAAGGCUGACUAAAGUUACAUUCCUUGAUGUAAGCAGCUGCACCAAGAUUGGCGCUCGUGCUCUGGGGGCAUUUGGUAAGAAUUGCCAAUCCCUUGUCAGACUUCGGCGAGUCAUGCACCCCAUGGAUGUCGGAGGGAAGGUGUGCCACAAUGACGAGGCCCGUGCUAUUGCCUACAACAUGCCAAAGCUUCGCCACCUCGAGAUAGGGUACAUGAUCAUCGCGACUACGGCUGUCGUCGAGAUCACCUCCCGGUGCGAAGACCUCAAAUUCGUAGAUCUCCGUGGCUACUGGGACGUUGAUGAUAAGGUUUUGCAAGAGAAGUAUCCUGGGCUGAAAAUAGUCGCCCCCCACGUUGACGACUGCUAUGAGAACGGCCUCUGGGAUGAGUGCUCGGAUGAUGACUCCAUCGACUCAUGGGAAGAGUUCGUGGACAAUGACUACUUUGCCAUCAGGAGUGACGACGAGGCCAUAUGGGACGACAUUCACGCUCUCGAAGUACUAGAAGUUAGCUUCUAUGGCGGUGUAUUUCGCGAAGGCUUCGCUGGUUAUGGCUCGCCAGAAUCUCCAUGA